AUGAUUCCUCGUUCGACUCUUCAAGGCUUCGUGGAGGCGGAGCAAAAGUACACAUGGUGGCGCUCGGACUGGAUCAACUCCCCUUCGUCAGCAUUCAAGCUAAUCAUCCUUUCGUUCUGCGACUUGAGCAUACAUACAAUCUAUACCACUCUCUAUCAGCUUCUAUUCUUCUUCCAGGUACACAACUAUUUCAAGCUCACCAUGCGUGUGUCAACUUUCCUUACUACCGCCCUCGCGGCUACUCCCAUCAUCGCCUACCCCGGCAUGAAGAACACAUUCGCCGAGAUCCGCUCUCGCGCCGAUAAAGACGGUAACGGCGCUGACGACGGAGACUCUAACGAGCUCAUUGGCGAUCUCAUCACCCUCGACGACUCCAAGCUCACCGCCGUCGGAAGCAGCGUCAAGAAGCUCCUUACCGGUUUCGAUAACCCCGAGAGUGACGACGCGUACCCAACUGUUGGAAGAUCAGGCACUCUCGCACCAAAGGGUUCAGCGGCUUGCGCUGCCGACACCUGCUGCAUCUGGAAGUACAUUGCCAACGAUCUUCAGGGUACCUUCAGAGGCAGAUCUGGCCGUUGCACCGACUUCGCCCGCGCUGCCGUCCGUCUUGGCUUCCACGAUGCCGGCGGUUGGUCAAAGGGAACCGGCAACCUCGGCGGAGCUGACGGCUCUAUCAUCCUCGCUUCAGAGGAAAUAGCACGCGGGGAGAAUCGUGGUCUCGAGGAGAUUGUUGCCCAGACCCAGGUCUGGUUCGACCGCUAUAAGCAGUUUGGAAUCGGAAUGGCCGAUCUCAUUCAGUUCUCCGCAACUGUAGCCACUGUUGUCUGCCCCUUGGGUCCCCGCAUUCGUACAUACGUCGGCCGCAAGGACUCCUCCGUCCCUGCUCCCCUCAACCUUCUGCCUCCCGUCACCGGCUCUGCCGACUUCUUAAUCGAGCUCUUUGAGAACAAGACUAUCAAGCCCCACGGUCUCACCGCGCUCAUCGGCGCUCACACGACCAGCCAGCAGCGCUUCGUGGACCCCAGCCGCGCCGGCGACCCGCAGGACAGCACCCCCGGUGUCUGGGACGUCAAGUUCUACAAGGAGACUCUCGGCUCCGCUCCCGCUCGUGUCUUCAAGUUUGCCAGCGACGUCGUUCUCGCCAAGGACUCCCGCAUCAGCUCCGAGUUCCAGGCUUUCGCUGGCCAGGGCGGACAGUCCCACUGGAACCAGGACUACGCUCGCGAGUACAUCCGUCUCUCUCUUCUUGGUGUCUUCAACAUCAACGACUUGACUGAGUGCACCAAGGCCCUGCCUCCUCGUACCGGAAGCACCUUCACCGCUCCCGACCAGGCCGUUUUGGACAAGUGGCUCGCUACCAAGGACCGCCUUAACAACAUCGCAGAUCAACUCAGGAACGGUGGUGACAUCAAUGGCAUGAUUGCCUCGGUCAUGAGCUGGUUGAAGGGAGUCUUCCACUUUAGGUGGUAA